AUGUCUGUGCUCGACACAAAGGACAACUCCAAACCAGGGAGUAGCUGCCAGGAGAUGCGGGAGUCACAGAGCACAGGGGAACCGGGCCAAGAGGUGCAGGCACAGCAGAGACAGUCCCCAGCCAGAGGCUACCGCGGCUCACACAGGCCCACCCAGCCCUCGGCACCAUUGGCCGACCCAGCCCCCUUCAGGCCCGCUGACCCUGCGGUUCCUGGACUGGUGACUCAGUUUCUCUUCUGCCAAGAAGGCUCAGUCACAAUUUCCCGACCCGAUCCUAAUCGCUGGACACCCUCCACAUACCCCGAGGCCGGAGACUCCGGGGGACGAGCCCUAUCUGCUGCCCUCUCCGGAGCCAAGCACCCCUCCAGCUCCGAACCCCCACGCCCACCCCCGCCCAGGUUCCUCAGGCACCAGGCUCCGGCGGCGGCGGUGGCGGCGGCGGCGGCCGCAGCUCCCGCUCCCUGUGCCCCCCGCCUCCGCGACGAGCUUUCAGCACGCGCUUCUGCGCAGGCGCCGGGACGGGUUUUCCCGACGCGGAAGGAAGCGACCAUAGAGAAGAGCAGAGAGAGGGAGGGCACCUACGUGCUCACUUCCGCCAUCGUUCUCGGCGCAGAACUUUGA